UGGUUCUAUCUUGAAAACCAAAAUGUGACCAAAACAUCUCCCUGCCUUGGAAUGCAGUGGGUGAGGUGUUACUACGCAUUCCAACCCCCCAACUAUGACAAGCACAAACUAUAUGAUAAACGAUGCUGACUCCCGGCAGGAUAUCCGGGAACCAAAGGUUACUUUUUCCAUGGAUAAAAUAAAGAAUGUUGAUUCAGAGUGUUGCAUGGUGGGUUCUCAUAGUAGACCUGCUGCGUUGACAGAAUGCUUGAGCCUAAAAGGCACUGGAAUCGGAGAUGGAAACAUGAAUUACCCUUGUGACCUGUGUGGUAGAAGCUUCAAAACCAAAAUCGGGGCUGGGCAGCAUAAAAAGCAUACUCACCCUGUUGAAUACAAUAGUGAGAAGCUAGCGAAACUGAAACGGGUUGGAGGGAAGUCGUGGAGUACAGUCGAAGAUGAUUCACUCCUUGAGCUCGCAAACAAAAUAUGGUUACGUCAUGGGAACAUGAUGAAAGCCAAACUGUACGAUAAAGUAUACAGUGAAUUCGGGCAUAGAUCCCGAGAAUCCAUAAAAAGGAGACUUAUCCACCUUGAAUGGAAAGCUCCAGAGACGAAAAAUCCUAUUUUUGGGAAGGAAGUAAAUAUUCCACGAGUUGAAGUAAACUCAGAUGAGUGCGAAAUGAGGUCCGUAAAACGAUCCGAACUACUCGCAAAUAUCAUUGCAGUUUGUAAAAAAGACAGUCCGUUGUACAAACUAGCGGUGAAGCUGAGUAAGGGUGAUCUGAGCAAUGAACAAGGGCUUGAACGCCUAAAUAAAUACGCAGAGAAGUCAUUUCCGUACAAGGUUGAUCGGAAGAGGCGGAAAAUAAAACAGAAAUCCCCUCCGACAACUGAGAAUGAGAAAUUAAAACGGAACCGCGAUGUACUGCAAAGUGGAAUGCGAAAGCAUAAACGAGAAACGGUGAAGACCGUACUGAACGGACAAUGGAGGACCGCCUAUAAAAUAUCAAAGCAGAUAACUGGCGAAUGUCAGGAGUACUGG